UGCUCGCCUGCCUGCAAUCCAACAUGGAGUAGAGAGAGAUGGGGCUCUAGCGGGGCCACCCCUCGGUAACAACAGCGACGACGCGCUUUUUACGCACAACUGGAACCGGAGUCGUCGGUGAAAACAUGCGCCUUAGGACUUAAAAUCGGAGUGUGUGCCUUGUGUGUCCGUGUGUGUGCGUGCGUGUGUGUGUGUUUGGGGAGGGGGGGGAGCGAAGAGAAGAGCUGGAUUCGGCAACUAAAUUGUCUGUAUAGGCUACGUUACCUACCGAAGGCGAUGGACUAUUAAAGUUAUAGAAAAGGGGCAUUUGCGAUCCAGGAGAAACUGGGUGGCUCCGGGGGGGAGAGAGGGGAAAAGUGAGGAAAAAGAAGACGGAGGCACAGCCAGUCGAAGGCAAGCCAAAGAGCCGACACUCGCACAAAGGCGCAGGGGGGAUUUAUGCGGAAUUGGAGACAGAAUCGGAGGAGUCGCGGUGAAAGAAUGACGAGCGAAAAGUAUGCAACCGCCGUGGUACGUUACCUGAGGUGAAACGAGAAAAAUGAUAGAAGAAACACACCCAAACGAUGACAGCUACAUCGUGCGUGUGAAAGCGGUGGUGAUGACCCGGGACGACUCGAGUGGCGGCUGGCUGGCCCAGGAUGGGGGAGCCCUGAGCAGGGUGGGGGUGUGCCGCCUCCUGCCGCCGGAGCUGGCACCCGUGCCGGCCUUCAGCAGCUCCCAGUUUCUCAUCCGUGGUGAGCGGCUACGGGACAAACAGGUGAUCCUGGACUGUCCACUGAGGAAGGAUCUGGUGUACACCAUAGCUACGCCCACAUUUCAUCAUUGGAAGGUGGAGGACAGGAGGUGUGGCCUGUCCUUCCAGAGUCCAGCUGACGCCAGAGCUUUCGACAGGGGGGUACGGAAAGCAAUCGAGGACCUGGCUGAAGGCUCCACAACCUCCUCUACAGCACUCCAGAAUGAGGGCGAGCUGGGUGACGACGACGUCUUUACCAACACCACGGACAGCUCAUCCAACUCCUCCCAGAAACUGGAGAGCUCUCUGCAGCCGCUCGAGUCCUCGCCGCUUCCGCAGAGACAUAAGUGCGUGAUGGGACUUCGCCACGACCUCCAUGACCCCUACCGGCUCUCAGACCACUACUUCACGGACCAGCCGUUGUCUCGGCUUCCCCGCCACGUCACUUUCCAGGAGGACGAGGAAAUCGUCCGCAUCAACCCUCGGGAGCGCAGCUGGGAGCGAACCACAGAGCGCCACCACGGACGCCAGUCAGAUCGCCCCUGGCUCAGGGGCUACGAGGACUACCGCCACGCCACUGUGCGUGACAAGUUCAUUCACACGGACGACUCUGAGUCCUACGUCCACUUUGCCAAGCCGGAGGCGCAGAAGCACGACUACACCUACCCAUUGCCACCGACCCUGUCGCCCUCAGACUCUGACCCCGCCCUCGGACCCUUGACCAGUAAGGGCCAUGGUGGUUCGUAUCGCCACGGCUUUUCCUCUGUGGUCUCCACCCAGCCCCGCUGUUUCCUACCGAGCUCUUCACCAUCCACCAAUGGCGGGAAGGGUCGGAAGGAGGACGGGAUAGAGCGCGCCCAGUGCGAGCACUGCGGUGAGACCUUUUACAUCUCCAGCAACCGGAGAGGCCGGUGCCAGGAUGCGCCGGACCCUGUGCGGGCAUGCAUCCGGCGGGUCAGUUGCAUGUGGCUGGCAGACACCAUGCUCUACCACUGCAUGUCUGACCCAGAGGGGGACUACUCAGACCCCUGUUCCUGUGACGGGGGCGAGGGCAGCGGGGGAGGCCGACGCUGGUUGGCUCUGCUCGGCUUGUCUCUGGUGGCGCCCUGCCUCUGCCUCUAUCCGCCUCUCCACGCUUGCCACCGGGCGGGGCUUGCAUGCGGCUGCUGCGGAGGCCGACACAAGGCCAUGAGCUGAGCCGCCGUGCUUGGAAACCUCUCAGAGGAAACAACAAAAACCUAAACCCAACGCAAGCACAGGGAAAGGGAAGGAUGGGGAAAUACACAGAGAGGACAAGUGGUCAUGGCUGCUCGCUCUCUUGCCUUGGUUUCUCUGGGUUUCUCUACAAAUUCCAGACACUGAAAUAAGCCAAAAAAAAAAAAAACAGUUGGUGCAUUUUCUGAACGGCCUGGGAAAAUAAGCUCCCCCUUACGGCAGACAGUUCUCUCACCUCUUCACAUGGCCAUUUCAUGCUCUGUUUCUAGUGAGAGAUCACUCUUUUUCAGGGGGCCUUUGUUUUUUUUUUUAUAGCUGACCUAUAUGUCAUGUAUCACAUAUGCAGGUACUUUAUACUUUGUACACUGACUCGGCGUCAAAGAACUUGAAUUGUUUCUCUGUUCUAUUUUUUCCUCUCCUUUGAUGUACGCGUGGCCAUUUUGUUUAUAUUCUAUUCCAAUAUCAGGCCCGCUCAGCUCGACUCCAGCUACAAGAGAAAUCAGACACUACACCUCUUUCUGUGUGUGUGUGUGUGUGUGUGUGUGCGCGUGUGUGCGUGCGUGCGUGCGUGCAGGCGUGUGUGUGUGUAUGCGUGUGUGGAUGGUGUAUGUGCAUGCUUACAAUGUGCGCCGAGGCCUUUUGUUGUCUGUACUGCAGCUUAUAGCAAAGCUCAUGUAUAUAGUCUACAUAGCUCUCCACCAUCGACAUCUUCUUUGUUCACUGAGACAAACGUGGUACUCAUCUUAAUCUUAUUCUAAUAUCCCAAAGAUUCUUGUUUUUAUCCUAUUUAUUUUCUCACUGAAUUGAUCUACCAGCAAAAGGGUGCUGGGUUGUGAUUUACUCACUGAAAAAGACGGUGCCUCAAGUCAUGCUACAAUACUCAAGCAUCCGUCUCCCUGCUCCUUUCACGUUAUUUCAAACAGUGCCUAAACUAUCACCUAAACCAGGAACCCUAUCCAGUCUUAGAAUUCCAGUCUUUUUUUUUUCGGCUCAUUUUACUUAACAUACACUUGAAGCGGAGUGAUAUUUUAAGGCUCUGAUUUCCUCAUUCUUUACAGAACCUCAGCCAACAGUCCAUGUCCCAUCAAGGACUGAAAAGUCAUUCGAAGAUACCGUUAAAAUUGGUGCCUGUUAUGCCUUAAAAUUUGGAGUCUGGCUCCAAACUUCACCCCUCUGAAGAUGUCUGCUAUAAUGAAAAGCGUGAGCAUUAUGGCUCCAAGCAAUCAGCCUCACCAUAUACUCUUAGAAAAGUGGUUUAAACUAUUUUUGUAAUGAAAAGGAACUCUUAAAAUGGUUCUUGUUAAGUGUGUAAACUAAGGACUCUAGUUUGCCUGCGUUGUACAAUCAGCUCCCCUAUUUAACCCCAGCCUUCCAAUAGAGCCCACCAGUCACAUAUAUGGAACAGCAAAGUCCAAACUGAUGGUUCAGUGAAUGAAAUCAGCCUCGAAAUGUGUUCACAUCUAAUUAAAAUAUCCCGUCAGCUCCAAAAAACCCUGAGGUUUGAAAACAAAUAUAGGUAUAAACCUAUACCAGUCAUUUUCUGCAGAAAACUGGACUUUUGUUUGAGAUCAUCACUUUUUUUUUGUUGCUGUAUUUUGCAAAGAAAAUAUAAAGACGAAUGAACUUUGACAUGUACAGUGUCACUACAUAUAUGCAGCAAGUCUUAUUCCUCAUUUAGUAAAGGUAAAUAGUCGCUUCUUGCUGAGAGUUAGAUGUCAUUAACUUAGAAGCUAAUCUAGAGCCACGAGCUGUGUAGCCUAGCUUAGCAUAAACACUGAAAACAGUGUUUUGUUUUUGUUUCUGUUUGUUUGCUUGUUUUGUUUCGCUGUUCUCCCAUUUCCAGCCUUUAUGCUAAGCUAAGCUAAUCGCCUCUUGGCUGCCUGGCUCUUUUCAAACUCCUUUAAGGCCUAAAUAUUUUAUUGUAAAUGGGAGAUAAACAUGAGAAAUAACUUGCUGAGACCACAGUUACAUGUGACUGGCGCGCACUAUUCUUCCUACAGUCCUACAGCGUUUUCCUUCCAUGCCAGAUUUAGUACAUCAUCAUACCCACAAAGAGUAACGUCAUAUGUUUUACAACAGCUCGAAUGAAUUAAGAAUGAGACAAUUCAACAGUCUGUUCAUUCAGGGUUAUAGUGGGUGUGUCGAUGUACAAACACGGGCAUGGGAGAGGGAAAGAAAAAAAAAGGCUGUCCUACCUGUGUCACCUGCUGUAUGAGUGACACCUCAGCCGGCCAGUCACACCCUCACACUGACAGCACAACACUACACUGACAGCCACUGGGGUGCUUUAUGUUUCAUCUAAGCCUGGUUGAUGGCAGCAUUGGGGAUGUGACUGGGAACACAAUAAGCUUUUUGAAAAUAAAAUAAAUAUUUUAAAAAACAGAAGCAGGACGUCGGUAGGGUCCCCUUUGGAAAAUAACGGGAGUCCAAAAAAAACGCUGAAAUCCUGGAAACAAACAUCCAUCCCUGAUUGUUUUGCCAAGGAAAUGUCACUUACUGUAGUUGAAAUACAGAAUGCCUGAGGAUGUCCUAUUUCCUUCCCUGGUUGUGUCUGUUUCAUACAUCCUGUCCUGUGUACCAGUUUGUAUGUCCUUGUGUGUGUGUGUGUGUGUGUGUGUUUAUGCCACAUCCCUUUCCCCUCUCCUGCUCCUUGAUCCAAAGCUACGUGGGAUCAGCUGAAUAUGCUAUCACAUACUAACACCUAUCCAGUAUAAUCAGAUCCUUCGAUGAUGUGAUGUAUCAGGGACGGGGCCAAUCAGAUUGGAAAGACUGUGUGUGUUUGCGUGUGUGUAUGUGUGUGCGUGCAUGUAAGCGUUUAAUCUUUUUUCUCCGUCUCUCUGUCUGGUGUUUGAGUGUGUUCUCAUAUGUUAGAGCCAUUUACAAGUGCCUGAACGCAUCCUCUUUAUCUCCUUGUGUAUUUAAAUCGAAAAAUUAAAGAAACGACUCCCUGUAAUGAAUUAGACCCAUUUUUUUACGCUUAGUAUUUUUACCUCUGUAAAAAAAAGAGCAAAAAUUAUAUUAUAUAUAUCAAGUGUAUGUUGUACAUUUUUAUUUCUAUUUUGUUUUUUUAAAAUAACUGUUUCUAACAUGUACGAUGGAUGUAGCUCUUGCUUUCGAGAAGGAACAGGAAGUACUUUGUAGAUACUGAAGGGUGGCCAGGUCUGUGAGAUAACUAAAGUGAAAUGUGUGUUUUACCUUCCGCCUCCAAUAAAAUGAGAGAAAACAGUGAAACCA